AGCUCUUAAUUCCUACACUAGCUAUAUACUGCUUGGGCAGCGCAGUUUCAUUUCGUUGCGGCUGGACAUUUUUGCUUACUCCCCCUGUCUCGCCAUGGCCGACCCUCGCAUCAGACAGAUCAAAAUAAAAACAGGCGUAGUAAAACGCUUGGCAAAAGAAAAGGUUAUGUAUGAAAAAGAAGCAAGACAACAAGAAGAAAAGAUUGAAAAGAUGAAAGCUGAAGAUGGAGAGAACUAUGCAAUUAAAAAGCAGACUGAGAUCUUGCAAGAAUCUCGAAUGAUGAUUCCCGAUUGCCAACGCCGACUAGAAGCUGCACAUUCAGACCUUGUUCAACUUUUAGUAAGUAUGGAAAAAGAAUUUUUCUAUAGACUGCCAGCUGAACUUAGAUUAGUUUAUACAUCUUCUGUUUUGAUACUGUAUAUCACCAAAUUGUUAAUGUGCAUAUCUCAUUAUUGCCAGCUUUUCAGAAUAGAUGCAUUUUAGGCACAUUAAAAAUAUGAACUUAUUGAGACUUAUUUAUGUUAAAAUGGCCAACCCAAAAUAGCCUAACCCCACUCCCCCUCUGAUUUUCAGUGAUUUAAGAAUUUCCAUUACAAUCAGUCAGUUAAUGCUCGAUGCGGAAUUUUAAUCAGAUAUUUAAAUCGAAAUAGGGUUGAUAUAACACGUGAAAUGCGGAGGAUGGUGUGGAAAUACAGUGGAGGUUGGAGAGUAAAUUAUUUAUGGGUAUUUGGAUAAAAGAGAAACAGGAGCAUAAUCAGUCACUGAACAUAAUUCCUUUAUCAUUCUGAAAUGUGAGCUUUACACACCCCUGUAUUUAAGUUAGACUUUAAAAGAAACAACUUAAAUAUUUGCAGUACAAAUUCUUCUGAAAAUUGCCAUAGGCUUACUUUUCAAAAUGAGGGCUCUAAAGUGUUGAAAGCUACUAGAUUCAAUGUAUUAACAAAUACAGAGCCUGGUUCGUAUGUUUUCCCCUUCAAGGCUAUUUCAGAGUUGUAAGCUAAAGGAAAUUUUCUAACCCAGCAUUCACUGUUUAUAGAAGUUCUCACAGCUUUAGGAAACAUUUCUUUAGCUUUGGCCCAUAGGAUCAUCAUUUUAGAUCUUUUCCGGAAGCUCUCUUCUGUAGCAAUAGCAAUCAGACAGUUUACAGAGUCAGCAUCCUUAUUGGUAUCACCUAAGGCAAAUCUUGUUUAGCAUCCUGUUUUUGACAGUAGACAAUCAGAUGUUGCCAAGCCCAGAGUCAACACAAUGAAAUCCAGUCAAGGUCCAGUCCUUUAUUUGCUUAUAGCUAAUGGGAUCUUGUCAAAUGAAAGCUAUAAUGUUCUAACCUACUAGAUCAUGACGGUGAACCUAUGGCAUGCGUGCCCGAAGUGGCACACGGAGCCACGUCGGCUGACAUGCACAGCCUCGCCCAUUCCUCUUCCAGGUUUCUGGCAUGCAUGUGCACGCGACAAUCAGCUGUUUUUUGUGGCAGUGCCAGAAACCAGAAGAGCUAGUCUUAUGGUUUCCAUUGUGCGCGUGCGGCUGGCCAGCUGAUUGCCGCACAUGCAUGCAUGCCAGUAACCAGAAGACAAGCUAGCUG